CGGAUAGUUGCCAGGAAUUCGCCGGAAUGAGUGGCCCUUCGGUGGCUCUUUUACUCGAUCCCAAGAGCUUUAAAAGGCAAUCCGCAACGGAGCCUUCUUCGCGCAGCACUCCAAACAAUGACGUCAAAUGCGACCCACCGCCUCCGAGACCUGCAUCCAGCCAGUCAGCUCCACAAGGUAAUGGCCGACUCGAAACGAAACGUGAAUUUGAUCAGGUCCAUGCGGGGGGCCAAUCCCGAAUGAUCGAGGAUAUGUACGGUGUCGAAAGGCGGGAAAGUCAGCCCCUCAAAAGGAUCCGAGUCGAUGUGGCAAAGGGGAAUGGGAGGAGUAUGACAAGUCUGAAUGAUAAAUAUUCCGGAAAAGGCACGACAGAUCUAGGACAGUAUAUGAAAAAUACUCCAGAGCAGUCUGGGCCUACGGCACCUCCAGCUUCCAAGGCGAUUGAUCUCACUUCAGAUAAUGACGACGAUGAUGUGAUUUUUGUUGCAAAUCGUGACCUGGGCGCAGAGGAGGUCUGCUAUGGUAAGGUUGAACACGCUACAGUUCAGGCGCAUCAAGUGCCGGUACCUCCGAAAACUGUAUUCAAGGACAUGACGCACGAUUGGCCAUCUAUCAGAUGCGAAUUGGUUCGAAGACGUUCUCAAGACAUGAGAAUUGAAGUCAAAGACGCAGCUGGUAAAACAUUCGGUUUAGUGGACCCCAAGACCUCUGCGGCGCUGGCUCCAUUACUUGACAAUGGCGUUGCUAAGUUCCGCACUCAAGCUCGCCUAGAUGUUCGAAAGAGGUUGCCUGACGAAUGGCCUGGACAGUCGACCUUUGGCAAUUUUCGUAUUUCUAUCAAUUUAUACGGGCCGCGACGUUUGUCAGAGAGCACAGGAAGAUUCCUUGGCCAAAAGAACGUCUGGCUAGGGACGCCAAAUACGGUGGAGGCUGGAAUAUCGGUUUGUAACCCACAUACUGAGAAACGCUUGGCCAUGGCUGCAAAUGCUACUCCAAAUCGUUUUUCAGUUCAGUCUGAGACCCGCACAGCCGAGGAAGUGAAUAGUGUUGUUAUCAGGAUGUUUGACCAGCUGAGGAGCGCACAAAAUCUUCCAGAGAUGGAACCAUCCGAUUUGAUUAAGACAUCGCUCCUCUCUCAUCAGAAGCAAGCCCUUUGGUAUAUGUCAGAAAAGGAGAAGCCACGACAACUUGGGCCAAAGGAAGAGGAUAACAAUUCGCUGUGGCGAGUGCAAUACCAAUCAAACGGCCAGAGACUGUAUCGCGAGAUCAUCAGUGGUGUGACGACCUUGGAACAGCCCCCGCAAGUCCUGGGCGGACUUCUAGCCGAUAUGAUGGGCUUAGGUAAAACCCUAAGCAUCUUAUCUCUGGUGUGCUCCUCAUUACCACAAGCCACGCAGUGGGCUAAAGGGGAAAUCCAAGACGAAAUAUUCCACACGAGCCUUCCGGCCCUCAAUGCUAAAACUACUCUAUUAGUGUCACCACUAAGCGCGGUGAGCAAUUGGACGAGCCAGAUCAAAGAACAUUUGCAAGAAGGGGCCAUUUCUUACUAUGUAUUCCAUGGACCCUCGCGAACUGAAGAUCCCGCAGAAUUGGCGAAAUAUGACUUGGUCAUCACCACCUACAGCACAGUACUCAGUGAUCUCGCGCGUAAAAGCUCCAAAAGGGGGGCAAGUCCCCUCGCGCAAUUGAACUUCUUUCGAAUAGUAUUGGAUGAGGCUCAUGCAAUACGGGAACAAUCCGGAGCUCAAAGCCAGGCAAUCUUUAGCCUAAAUGCUCAGCGUCGGUGGUCCGUCACCGGAACUCCUAUUCAAAAUCGGCUGGAAGACUUAGGUUCUGUCACCAAAUUUCUGAGAUUAUACCCGUACAAUGAAAAGGGACGAUUUGCAGCACAUAUCAUCUCACCUUUUAAAUGCGAGAACCCUAGCGCCAUAACCAAUUUAAGGGUGUUUAUUGACUCUUUUACACUCCGUCGGGUAAAAGACCGUAUCAAUCUACCUCCUCGCAAUGAUCAUACUGUUCUGCUUACCUUUUCUGAACAUGAAAAAGCGCUACACGAAUUUUUCCGGAAGGAGUCUAAUGUUAUGAUGAACGUCAUCGCUGGCCAAACUAGAGAGAAAAUGAGUGGUAGCAUGUACCAUCUGGUUUUGAAGGCCAUGAUGAUCUUGCGACAAAUUAGCGCUCAUGGCAAAGAGCUGCUCGAUCAGGAGGAUCGCGACAGGUUCAAAGGGCUGACGGCGAGCGACGCUAUUGAUUUAGAGGAAUUAGAGUAUAAUGCAACGGAUGCUGCUGACAGAAAGGCGUACGAGAUGCUUUCGCUGAUGAAAGAAUCGUCCGCCGAUAUUUGUGUAAAGUGCGGCAAUUUCAUCCCGUUGCAAUCGGGUGACGAGACUCCCGGAGACAAGAACGGUAUGGCAGCUAGUAUGCUACCGUGCUUUGAUCUUCUCUGUGCAGAUUGUUUUGCUCGGUUUAGACCAGUUUUCGAUGACAAUGUUGGAAAACCCGUACAGCUUAGAUGUGUCUUCUGCAAGAACCUGAUAGCACCCGCCUACGCUAUCAUAACCCCUGCGGGGCUUGAGAAAUACCAAACCACACAACUCGCCGCAAAGCAGAAUCGCAAACAAGUCAAGGUGUUGGGGCAGUAUGAAGGGCCUCAUACGAAGACGAAGGCCUUGAUUUCUCAUCUCCUAGGCACCGUGGAAGAAAGCAAACACAAACCGGAUCAGCCACCUAUUAAAAGCGUUGUGUUUUCAUCGUGGACCUCACAUCUCGAUCUCAUUGAAAUUGCGCUCCAGGACAAUGGGAUCCGGGGCUUUACUCGGCUCGAUGGUACUAUGGCGCUCAAACAACGGAAUGUUGCACUUGAUAAGUUCCGGGAUGACGAAAACAUCACAGUUCUCCUUGCAACUUUAGGGGCUGGUGGCGUUGGUCUUAAUCUCACAUCAGCCUCAAGGGUGUACAUCAUGGAGCCCCAGUACAACCCGGCUGCUGUCGCGCAGGCAGUAGACCGCGUUCAUCGUCUGGGCCAGACAAGAGAAGUUACGACGGUGCAAUUUAUUAUGAAAGAAAGCAUUGAAGAAAAGAUUGCGGAGCUGGCGAAGAAGAAACAGAAGCUAGCUAAUAUGAGUUUGAAUCGAGGCAAAUCGGAUAAGCGGGAGAUGAUGGAGGAGAGGAUGAAGGAAUAUCGGAGCUUAUUCAAGUAAGAUGCCGUCUGGUAAAUGGCCCUUACGCCUCUACUGGAUAUUCAUGGCGUUUUGACGACAAUAAAGGCAGAGACAAUAUUAACGACUUGGAAUGGAUGGCGUUAUGAUGAUGCGAAGGGGCGACAUAUUUAUAAGGAAUUGGCGGCAGGUUUUAUUUUUACGAUUUUAUGAUACCCAUGACAAACCAUGCCUCUUCUCUUUA